AUGGCGACCCAGUCUACCCUCCGACAGCAGCCCGCUGAUCGGUUCUCGCAGUGGUUCGAUCACUUCUACGAGCGAUUCGCCGCCCGUUAUGCGAAGAUCCAAGAUCGAAGUCCGCUGGACAAGAGGACGAGCCAGCUCAUCGGCGCGUUGGCCUUGUCCUUGGCCAUCAUAACGAGCGGCUAUGGGGGCUGGCGAUACUAUAGUAGCAGGAAGCAAGAGCGAGAUCUGGGACAUAGGUUAUUGCGGCGAAACAGUGGUCUACGAGCGAAAGACGGGACGCGUACGUUGUACGUGCCGUACAAAGACACGACGAGCAAGGUCACAAUACAUCCGAUCAAAGCUACGACUUUCGAUGCACAUAGAAGGUUCUUCUUGAAUCCCACCAGGCAGCGCAACUCAGGCAGAGAGUUGCCUCUCGGUGUUCCACCUCCGAACAUCAAGCCUGGCCUCAAUGUCGCAUUCGUGCAUCAGUUUAUGGCUAUCAUGCAGAUCGCGGUACCCAGGCUAGGAUCCAAGGAGUCCGGUCUCCUCACGACACAUGCUUUCUUUCUAUUGUUGAGGACAUACCUUUCGCUAGUAGUCGCCAGACUCGACGGAGACAUAGUACGCGAUCUGGUGGCUGGAAAAGGCCGUGACUUCUUGCUAGGCCUGGCAAAAUGGUUGUCCGUUGGUGUGAUAGGCAGCUAUACGAACUCCAUGAUCAAGUUCCUGCAAGCAAAGAUCAGUAUUGCAUUCCGAACGCGACUCACGAGGUACAUUCACGACCUAUACUUGGGACCACACAUGGCCUACUACAAGAUGCACAGUCUGGACGGUGGUGUAGAGCACGGUGCGGAUCAAUUCAUCUGCCGCGAUCUGACACUGUUCUGUGACAACGCUGCGAAUCUUUACUCAAGUCUGGGCAAGCCGCUCGUGGACUUGUUCACUUUCAACUACCAGCUGUACCGUUCGCUUGGUCCGCUGGCAUUGAGCGGUCUCCUAAGCACAUACAUCGGUACUGCAGUAUUGUUGAAAAAGCUGAGUCCGCCAUUCGCUAAGCUGAAGGCCGCAGAAGGUCGUAAGGAGGGAGACUUCAGAUCUUUGCAUGCUAGGCUCAUCGCGAAUGCUGAAGAAGUGGCAUUCUAUGCUGGUGGUCCGACAGAACACGCUCUCCUCGAUCAAGGCUUCAAAGAGUUGAGGAAAUGGAUGGAGGGCAUUUACCGCGUGAAAGUGGGCUACAACAUGCUCGAAGAUUUCGUUCUGAAGUAUACCUGGUCGGCACUAGGAUACAUUAUCACCAGUCUUCCCGUCUUCCUGCCCGGUCUUGGAUUGGCACCAGAACCGGUAUCGAAGUCAAAGACAGUCACAUCGCCAGAACUCGCAGAAGUAGCAGAGUCGAACGACAGAGCUGGCUCACGAACCAAGCAAUUCAUUACAAACAAGCGCCUCAUGCUGAACCUUGCAGAUGCUGGCAGUCGCAUGAUGUACUCCAUUAAAGACCUGUCCGAACUUGCGGGCCAGACCAGUAGAGUAUUCAUGCUUAUCAGUACGCUACAUCGCGUGCAGGCGAAUGCAUACCAGCUACCAAGGACCGUCUACCCCGAGCCUUACAACCUGACGGACGUGCAGGGCACUUGGCAGAAGGGCUUCGAUGGUGUGAGACUAGAGAAUGUGCCAGUCGUUGCUCCAGCACCAUUCCCUAUGGGCGGUGAGGAGCUCAUCGAGAACCUUUCUUUCAUUGUCGGGCCUGGUGAUCACCUGCUCAUUACUGGACCAAACGGUGCUGGCAAGUCUGCAGUCGCGAGGAUUGUCGCAGGCUUGUGGCCGACCUACCGCGGACUGACAUCAAGGCCACGCAACAAUGGCCAGGAUGGCAUCAUGUUCCUGCCACAGAAGGUGUAUCUUAGUCCUGGUACUCUACGGGAUCAGGUCAUCUACCCACAUACCGAGUUAGACAUGCGAGAAGCAGGACGUCGCGAAAGUGAGCUGCAAGCGAUGCUGGAGGAAGCGAAGCUGGGCUACAUACCUGAGCGCGAGGGCGGUUGGGACACACGGAAGAUGUGGCAGGAUGUGCUCAGUGGUGGCGAGAAGCAAAGGAUGGGCAUCGCUCGUUUGCUGUACCACGAACCACGUUACGCUUUUAUCGACGAGGGCACGUCUGCUGUCAGCUCUGAUGUCGAAGGCAUCCUGUACGAGACGGCGAAGCGUAAGGGCAUUACGCUCAUCACGAUAUCGACCAGAGCCUCGCUAAAGCGAUACCACUCUUAUACGCUGACACUUGGUUUGGGCGAGGACGCGAAUGAGUACGAGUUCUUGCGGAUUGGUACCGCCAGCGAGAAGGACAGCGUUGAGAAAGAGAUUCAGGAGCUGCGUGAGAAGCUGGCACAGGUCAAUCAGUGGAAGCAGAGGAAGCAAGAAAUCGAGCAAGAGCUAAGCAAAGUCUGGGUUGCUGGGCAAGAGCUGGAAGAACCCGCAUACUCGAAGAAAGAGCGAGACGCUGAAGUGGUACCUGCUGAAUGA